UGGUGACAACCAAGCUGGUUAACCAGCAACAGCUUGACAACUAAUAGCAGAGAGAGAUGAUGGGUCUCCUGGGUUCAGGGUAGUCCUCACCUGCUCUGUUGUUUCCUCUUAGGGAGCUGCGAGUUUACCGUCCACUGAUGGUCGACACUUCCGAGCAGCGCAAUGCACAGGAGACUGAAGAACGUCCUUGUGGUCUCUUUUGGGUUUUUGCUGCUCUUCACGGCCUAUGGAGGGCUGCAGAGUCUCCAGAGCAGCCUGUACAGCGAGGAGGGCCUGGGCGUGUCGGCGCUGAGCACCCUGUACGGCGCCGUGCUGCUGUCCUCCAUGCUCCUGCCGCCUCUGCUCAUCCGCAGCCUGGGCUGCAAGUGGACCAUCGUGGUCUCCAUGUGUGGCUAUGUCGCCUUCUCCAUAGGAAACUUCUACGCCAGCUGGUACACUCUGAUCCCCACCUCCAUCCUGCUGGGGCUGGGGGCCGCCCCGCUGUGGUCCACACAGUGCACCUACCUGACCAUCAUGGGGAACGAGAGUGCCAAGAAGGAGGGGAAGCUCGGCAAGGACGUGGUGAACCAGUACUUCGGCAUCUUCUUCCUCAUCUUCCAGUCGUCCGGCGUGUGGGGCAACUUGAUCUCCUCUCUGGUCUUCGGCCAGACGCCCAGCAAAGAGUCCAUUUCGGAGGAGCAGCUCACAUCCUGCGGGGCCAACGACUGCCUCAUGGCCACCAGGCCCAGCAACAGCACCCAGCGGCCCUCCCAGGAGCUGGUCUACACCCUGCUGGGCAUCUACACAGGCCUUGGAAUGUAUUUGAAGAGCAAAGGUCUGUACGCGUCAGCUCUGGGGAGCGGAGCCCGCACCCUGCUGGAGAUCAGAAGUCCAAAGGAAGUGGCAUCCUGGCCAUCCUGCUGAUAGCUGUAUUUCUCGAACCCAUACAAGACGAUCGACGCGACUGUGCAGAGGAGAAGCAGCCACCUUUCUGGUCCACUUUGCUGUCAACUUUCAGGCUGUUUAAAGACAGACGCCUGCGCCUCCUGGUCCUGCUGCCGCUGUACAGUGGGUUACAGCAGGGAUUCCUCUCUGGUGAAUACACAAGGUCCUACGUCACCUGUGCCCUGGGCAUCCAGUUCGUGGGCUACGUGAUGAUCUGCUUCUCAGCCAUCGACUCGCUGUGCUCCCUGCUGUACGGGAGACUCUCCCAGUACACGGGCAGGAUUGCCCUUUACCUGCUGGGUGCAGGCACCCAGAUGUCCUGUGCCAUCGCCCUCCUGCUGUGGAGGCCUCACCCGGACCAUCUGGCUGUGUACUUCGUGUUCCCCGGCCUGUGGGGUGUGGCAGACGCCGUCUGGCAGACGCAGAACAAUGCUCUGUAUGGCGUACUCUUUGAGAAAGACAAGGAGGCCGCCUUCUCCAACUACCGCCUGUGGGAAGCGCUGGGGUUCGUCAUCGCCUUCGGGUACAGCACGUUUCUGUGCGUCUACAUCAAACUCUACAUUCUCCUGGGAGUGCUGACUCUGACCAUGGCGGCUUAUCUGACCGUCGAGUAUCUGGAGUACAAGAACGCGGUGGAACCACUUUCUCCAACACAGUCAAACCCAGGGGAGGAAGGCGAGACACAGACCAAGAUGUGAACGCGCCCGUCGGUGGGGUGAACUCAGAAAGUACCUGAGCAAGAGUUUGACUCGAAGACGCCUCAGGCUGACAGUUGAUUCUUCUCAACUAUUUCAGCAGAUACUAUACGAUUUCCCUUUGUAUGUACAUUUUCUGCUCUAACAAAUUUUAGUCCAUCUUAUUAUCUAUAGAGAUUGAGAGUGUACAUGAAGAUGUCAGUUAAUUUAAAUUCAGAUACAAACAAUGUUAGAGGGCGAUCAACCAAAGAGACUUAACUGGAAUCAGAGACUUACCCUUGAUUUUGUAGAUGUUUUUAAGAGUCGGAAGACUACUUAAGAUAAUGAAGUCUAACACCUAAUUUUACAAAUGGCUAAACAUUUAAACUUCUAACACCAUACAGUUUACAAACAGCCACCUAGCCAACUGAAAAGCCAGACCAGAGUUUACAUCUCUUAAACUUACAGAGUCUGGGUUUCUAAAUAAAGGCAAUUAUUUUACA